UCCCACCAGUUCUUGGUUUAUUACAAGUAUUACUUUGGUGGUAUGCUUCGGGACGUGCUUCUGUUGGAGGGUGAACCUCUGCCCCAGUCUCAAGUUUCUUGCAGACAGGAACAGGUUUUUUUCUAGGAUUGCCCUGUAUUUGGCUCCAUCCAUCUUUCCCUCAACACUGACCAGUUUCCCAAUCCCUGCUGAUGAAAUGCAUCCCUGCAACAUGAUGCCACCACCACCAUGCUUCCUCAGAGUGUUUUCUCAGAGUGAUGAGGUUGUUGUGUUUCUUCCAAAUGUAGCACUUUCCAAAGUUCAAUUUUAGUCUCAUCAGGCUUUUUUACUCAUGUUAAUCAUACAGUUUCUUCAGAGUUAGGCAUGGCCACCUGCUUGCUUCUCUGACUAACCCCCUUUUUAUAUGGUCUCUGAAUUUAGGUUUAUGGCCUCCUCUGGGUAGAGUCGCAGUUGUGCCAUAUUCUUUCAAUUUUUUAAUAAUAGAUUUAAUGAUGCUCUGCAGGAUGUUCAAAAGUUCAUGAUUUUUUUUUCUAUAAUCAAAUCUUGAUUGAUCAUUUUGCAGGACUUUGUCCUGGACCUUUGAUAGCUCCUUGAUCUUUAUGAUGCUCUUUGUAUAGGUAUGUCCUCUAACAAACUCUGGGUCCUUCCAGGAACAGGUGUAUUUAUACUGUGAUCACAUGACACUUUACUCGCACACAGUUGGACUCAAUUCAACUAAUUGUAUGACAUCUGAUGGCAACUGGUUUCACCAGAACUAAUUAAGGAGGGGUUUCGCAAUAAUAGGGGGGUAUAGUGAAUACUUAUGCAAUCACAACUUUUAUGUUAAUUAUGUAAACUAUAUAGAUUUCACUAUCAGUAAUAUAUCAAUAUCAAUAUUAUGGGUUAUUAUGUGUUGAUUCAUGACAUAUAAUCCCAAUUAAGUCCAUUUCAGUUCCAGCUUGUAAAAUUACAAACUGUUGAAAAGUUGGAGGGGUGAAUACUUAUGCAAGACGCUAUAAGAGACCACAAUGCUGCAUUUGAAGGGCUCAUUAGCUACGUAUAAACUAAGCUCAAAUUUCCAAGAUGGCAGAAAUGGAGAUAACAUCCGGUCUAGUUCAGCAACUUUGGCCUGAGGGUUUAAAUACAAUUUGUCUAUUUGGCCUCUGUGGUUCAAAUACAAUUUGUUCCAGCUGUUUGCCUUUUAUUAUAUACACACACAUGCUACGGGGUCAGAGUUUCUGUGUAUUUGUUAAUUUUUUAUUCUACCUGUUUGUUCCCCUCCCAGCGCUUCCGGCAGUCUUCUGUCACUCAGUGUUACCGCACCAGUUAAAUUACAGAGGUCAUAUUUUAGGAGUGGAUGACAGCUCAAGUUGAUGUCUGAUUGAAAAAAAAAAGUCCUGAACGAAGUACAUUUCCUAGACUAAAAGUGUGUGGGUGCGUGCGAACUGCAUACACCCAUGGUUACACACAGUCCUCGGCAACUAGAAGAACAGGUUGGACAGCUGGAGAUAAAGGGGGUGAGCAGGAAGCGAGGAUGUGUCGUGUGUUUAACCUUAUGAGGCAGGCUAAGCCAAUACAUACAACCAUCAUUAACACUCCCUUGCCUCGCUUUCACACUCACACACAUGGUGCAUGGAAGUUAGUGAAAAGCCCUAUUGUGACAGUACAGGUUUAAAAAAAUAUUUGGUGAAUGAAAUGCAUUUAGCAUUUGCUUAAUUCUGUCUAAAGACUGCAAAUUCUGCGACUUUGCCAGACUGCAUAUUUGCAGAACACACACUUUCCCCCAUUUGGACAUCACACAGGCGUGCAGAUGAAGACAGACGGUGAUAUGAGGCAAGGAAGAUUAUGAGAGCGACAGAAAGCGGGAGAACGAAAGAACGAGGGUGGGGGGGCUAGUUAAUAAUUUGUCCGUGGCUGUAGUAAGUCUGGCCAGCACACUAACAAGGGGCCUAGUGUUCUUUGGGGCUGCUGAUGAAGAUUAGAGCGAGGCUGAUCCAGCCUUUCUCAGAGGGGCGAUCUUAGGGAGCACUCCACAAAGCAUUAAUGGAGAAUGGCCGGACAGGCGAAGCUGCUGAUUCUGUGCUGCCUACUUAGUUCUGCUCUUGGGGCAAAUCCACUGUGGUUCCAGAACAUCUCCACAAAUCUCUUCAGGUCUCCUGGAGAUAUUCUACUUGGGGGACUUUUUCCCAUCAACCAACUGACCAGCAACCUGACCAAGAGAGUGGAACCGGACGAUAUUCACUGCAAAAGGGUUGAUCAGUAUGGCCUUGCACUGGCACUAGUGAUGAAGUAUACAAUAGACGAAAUCAACGCUACGCCCAACCUUCUUCCUAAUGUGAAGCUGGGCUUCGAGAACUAUGAUGACUGCGGACAGUCCGCCAUCAUUAUGAAGCCCACACUGCGUUUCUUCACCACAGCCAUCUCAGACGAAGUGGACGUCAUGUGUAACUACACUGAGUACAUGACCAGAGUUCACGCAGUCAUUGGCCCAUACAGCUCUGAGAUGGCGGCUGUCAUUGGCCAGCUGGUGAGCUUUUUCUUGAUGCCACAGGUCAGCUACAGAGCCACCAGUGAUGGGUUCAGUGACAAGCUGACGUACCCGUCGUUCAUGCGCACUGCCCCCAGUGACAGCUGGCAGGCCAUGGCCAUGGUGCAGCUGCUGCAGGAGUUCGGAUGGAACUGGGUGGCAGUGAUCGGCAGUGAUGAGACUUACGGCAAACAGGGUCAACAGCAGGUGUCCCAGAACGCUGCUAGUGGGGGAAUUUGUGUAGCAUACGAAGGACUGAUACCAGUCUACGAAGACCCGGUGCCCAUGAUAUUGGAGAUCCUGGAUGGCAUAGUGGAGGCCAAAGUGGGCGUGGUGGUGGUGUUCGCAUCCUCCACAGCAAGCACCGCCUUCUUCAAAGAGGUAAUCAGGAGGAACAUGACGGGAGUCUGGCUAGCUAGCACAGCGUGGGCUGUAUACAGCAGCAUCGUCACCCUGCCUGGCAUUCAGACCAUUGGCACCGUGCUGGGCUUCACCGACAUGACCCAACCCAUCGACCUGCUCAGCCCGUACGUAAAGGAGCUUUUCAAGAAGAUGGAGCAAGAGAGAGUCCAAAUGCAAAUCACACUGCCAGAUCCUGACGUCUCCCCUCUGGAGAACCCGUGUCCAGGCUGCUGGAAUCUUUCUCCUGCAAACGUCAGCAUCGUCGAAACAGAGCUGGUGCGGCGCACUGCCUUCAGUGUCUACUCCGCUGUCUACAGCGUGGCCCAGGCCCUGCACGACAUGCUCGGCUGCGACAUAACCGGAUGCGCCAGACAUCCCAAGACGGAAAAUAUCUAUCCCUGGCAGUUGUUGCCAUGGGUACGAAAGGUUUCUCUAUCCCUGAAUGGAACACAAAUCAGCUUUGACACAGAAGGAAACCCGAGUAUCGGCUAUGAUUUGUUAGCAUGGGUCUUUCAGAACAACACUAUGAGCUUCAAAAACAUUGGGACCUUCGUCCGGAACCUGACGGUUGAUAAGAAACAGAUAAAAUGGCACACAACAAAUAAUACGGUCCCUACGUCUAGAUGCUCCUCAGACUGUCUAUCGGGACAAGUGCGCAUAGUUAAAGGAUUUUAUUCCUGCUGCUUUGACUGCAGUGACUGUUUAGAGGGAACCUAUCAAAACAGAACAGACGAUAUCCAAUGCACCAAAUGUCCUCCACGCCAGUGGUCCAAGUUCCGCAGUACCAGCUGCGUCUUCCCCACCUAUGAAUACCUGGCUUGGUCAUCUUUUGAAUCGGUAGCUCUGAUCCUGGCUGGACUUCUGCUGCUGUCCUGUCAGGCAGCAAUGGGCAUCCUGUUCUUCCAGCACAGAGGGACUCCGCUCCUGAAAGCAUUGGGAGGACCUCUGUGUGGCUUGGGCCUGAUGAGUCUGAUGGGAAGCUGUAUUAGUCUGGUGCUGUACCUGGGUCAGCCGAAUGAUGGCAUUUGCCGUAUACAGAUCCUUCUGUAUGUCAUGUUCCCCACUGUGGCCUUGUCCACCAUCCUGGCUAUCUCCAUGCAGAUUGUUUAUGUAUGCGAGUUCCCUGAAAAAGCUCCAGAGAAAAUGGAGAGCCUGCAAGGCCUUGGCAGCUGGAGUCUGGUGCUAGCGUGUUGUGGUGUUCAGUCAGGGUUCGUUGGCUGGUUUAUCAUUGAAGGGCCUUCGCUCACCAAGUGGGUAGACAGUCUGGAAGUGAAUUUUGUGACGAGGUUCCUGCCCUGCCCUGUCGAGCCCAUACUGAACUUUGGUCUCAUGCUGGGUUUCAACGGCCUGCUGGCCUUGAUCUGCUUCAUGUGCACCUUCAUGGCGCCAAAGCCGGUCAGGCAGUAUAACUUUGCUAGAGACAUUACCAUCGCCAGCCUGAUCUACUGUGUAAUAUGGGUCAUAUUUAUUCCAAUCUAUGCUGGCCUGGGUGACAAAGACAAGACGAUCGCUCAAGUAGUGUUCACUUUGAUUAGCAAUACAGCACUCACGGUCGCUUAUUACCUUCCAAAGUGUCAUCUCCUGGUCAAGGAGCCAGAUCUCAACAAAAACGAAUAUUUCGCCUCAAUCUUAGAGGGAAUCCCACCGAUACCGCCUGAGGAGCCACCACAAGAUAAAAAUAAGCAAGAUAAUAAAAAAGAUAAUAAAGAGGACAAUAAAGAGGAAGAUAAAAUUGAGGAUAAAGAGGAAAGUAAAGAGGAGAGUAAGGAGGAAAAUAAAGAGGAUAACAACUAACCAUGUUGGCCCAUUGUGUCAGUGAUAGAUGUCUAGGCAGGGGUGGAAAAUAUACUGAGAAAUUAUACUCAAAGUGUAAGGAUCCAGCCAAACAAUAAAAAGAAAAAAAAAUGCUACUUUCAAAUGUACUCAAGUAUUAAAACUUAAAAAGUAAAUGUUUUUAACUGAUGAAAUUAAGCAAUGUCAUGUUUUCAUGUAAAAACUAACUUUUAUUACUUAUCUAAAACUGUUAUAAGCAACUAUUGUGUUUUUAAAGUAGGCUAAUUUAAGUUGAAUAUAGUAGUCAAUGUUAGUAAAUUAGGUAAAUUUUUAUCUCAACAUGCUUUUUCAAAUUAGAUGAAUACAGUAUAGAUGUUCAUACAGUAUCUCUAGGGAGGUAAAGGAGAUGCCUCAUUUUAUACGGGUCUUUGCUUACUGCAGCAUAUUGAAACAUUUUACUGAGGUAGGGCCGAGGCGCUCAUCCUCAACUUCCACACUGCAGUCCAGGGGCUUAUCCAUCUUUACACAGAUCGCUAUAGCGUGAAAUACACUGCGUAGCAUGAGAAGGACGAAGAAUUGACAUGAUUCUUGAUAGUUUUUCUACAUUAAUAGACUUAGGAUUGGAUGCUUUAAACUGAAUUUAUCUGAAAUGCACCAGAGCACGUUUGGCUGACAUGUAGUGUAUUUUAUUAGCUGGAUAAGAGAAGAAGAUAGUGGAAUUUGUAAUGAGUGCGUUAAAGGUCUAAUUAAAAAUGCAUUGCGUAACAAGUAGGCUACGUUUUACCCUCAGUUAAGUACAAGCAUUCAGUAAUAUUAAAGUGAAGUAUAAAUACACAAAAUAAUACUUUAGUAACAAAGUACAAUUACUCAAGUAAUUUCCACCCCUGCGUCUAGGCUAAGUAUCUAUCUGUCUGUCUAUCUAUCUGUCUAACCAUCAUUCUAUCUGUCCGUCCGUCUGUCUGUCUGUCUGUCUAUCUAUCUGUCUAACCAUCAUUCUAUCUGUCUGUCCAUUUGUCCAUCUACAUGUCUGUUUGUCUGGCUCUUUCUCUAUCUAUCUAUCUAUCUAUCUAUCUGUCUAUCCAUCUAUCUGUCUGUCUAUCUCUCUCUCUCUCUAACCAUCAUUCUAUCUGUCUGUCCAUUUGUACAACUAUAUGCCUGUUUGUCUGGCUCUUUCUCUAUCUAUCUAUCUAUCUAUCUGUCUGUCUGUCUGUCUGUCUGUCUGUCUAUCCAUCUAUCUGUCUGUCUAUCUCUCUCUAACCAUCAUUCUAUCUGUCUGUCCAUUUGUACAACUAUAUGCCUGUUUGUCUGGCUCUUUCUCUAUCUAUCUAUCUAUCUAUCUGUCUAUCUAUCUAUCUGUCUGUCUGUCUGUCUAUCCAUCUAUCUGUCUGUCUAUCUCUCUCUAACCAUCAUUCUAUCUGUCUGUCCAUUUGUACAACUAUAUGUCUAUUUGUCUGGCUCUAUCUAUCUAUCUAUCUAUCUAUCUAUCUAUCUAUCUGUCCAUCUGUCUAUCUGUCUCUAACCAUCAUUCUAUCUGUCUGUACUUUUUCCUCUAUAUGUCUAUCUAUCUAUCUAUCUAUCUAUCUAUCUAUCUAUUCCUCUCUCUCUCUCUCUCUAAUUAAAGGCAUAACCAACCCUUAAUGCUAACACAGGCACUGUA